GUACCCGUAUUACCAUAGCAUAUCAGUGCGAGGCAGGGCAGCCAGUGCGCACCAUUCACUGCGUCUUCAACUGCUCAUCGGCUCCAUAUCAAUCCAUCCAUCUGCUCUCUCUGCUUCCGACGCUUCAUACGCUCUCCGAUGAAGGCUGCCAUGUUGAGAUCUGUGCUGAACAGGAGGGCUCGCGCUUCUACGUUUCUGUCCCGGCGGAGUUUCUUGUCCGACCACGCCCCGGAGCGGAAGGUCGCCGUUUUAGGGGCAGCUGGCGGGAUCGGCCAGCCGCUCUCUCUGCUUUUAAAGCUGAACCCCCUUGUCUCCACUCUUUCCCUCUACGAUAUCGCCGGAACCCCUGGAGUCGCUGCCGAUGUCAGCCACAUCAACACUAGAUCUGAGGUGAAAGGCUAUGCAGGAGACGAGCAGCUAGGACAUGCUCUUGAAGGUGCAGAUAUAGUUAUUAUUCCUGCAGGUGUACCUAGAAAGCCGGGCAUGACUAGAGAUGACCUCUUUAAGAUUAACGCUGGCAUUGUUAAAUCACUUUGUGAGGGCAUUGCUAAGUAUUGCCCCAAUGCUCUUGUCAAUAUGAUCAGCAACCCUGUUAAUUCAACUGUUCCUAUUGCCGCCGAGGUGUUCAAGAACAAAAAGGUGUAUGAUGAGAAGAAACUGUUUGGUGUGACCACCCUUGAUGUGGUAAGGGCCAAAACCUUCUACGCAGGCAAGGCUGGAGUUAAUGUUGCAGAUGUCAAUGUGCCAGUUGUUGGUGGUCACGCCGGAAUUACCAUUCUUCCCUUAUUUUCACAAGCCGCACCUAGCGCAAAUCUGUCGGAUGAAGAGAUUAAAGCCCUUACUAAAAGGACACAAGAUGGUGGAACUGAAGUUGUUGAAGCCAAAGCUGGAAAGGGAUCAGCUACACUUUCAAUGGCGUAUGCUGGGGCUAUAUUUGCAGAUGCUUGCUUGAAGGGUCUUAAUGGGGUCCCGGAUGUUGUUGAAUGUUCUUUUGUGCAAUCCACAGUUACUGAGUUACCGUUCUUUGCAUCCAAGGUGAGACUUGGGAAGAAUGGUGUGGAGGAAGUUCUAGGUCUGGGUCCGCUAUCCGACUAUGAGAAACAAGGACUAGAAGCUCUCAAGCCGGAGUUGAAAUCUUCAAUUGAAAAGGGAAUUGCGUUUGUUCACAACAGUUGAAAUGGUGGUUCAUAAAACCUUUCGUUUCCUGAGUCCCUUCGAAAUUUUGCAUCUUUUGCCCGUGUUUUAGUCUUUCAUCAUUUAUAACUGCUGGAGAGGUGAUGCUUCACCGAGAGAUGAAUUAUGGAGAAUAUGACAUUGUUUAAUAAUGGCUUGGCUAAGCAGUCAAGUUGUUAGACUAAUAUUCAUCCAUGGGAUUUUGGUGUUUCAAAAUAAGGGAGUUUGAUUCCUAUACUCAA